AGGAGACCUGUUCGGCGCCCCGACGCCAGCCCCCGCUGCCCCGGCGACGUCGGCUGGUGGGCGGCCGCCUUGCGCGAUUCUCGCCUUCAGUCCCAGCGGCAGCAUGCUGCGCGCGUCGCCCUCCGGGUCCAUCGAGGAGCUGAGAGUGCAGGAGGUGUUAUCAAAGCAUUUACCAGGCUACAUGGCGGACUUGGAGUCCUUUCCCGGGCCGUUCGGCCGCGUCGAGCCUUCGACGACGGAGGCGCUCCUGCAGUACCUCAACGGCCUGGCCGAAAGCCUCACACAGGGCGACACCAAGCACACCGCCUUGGAGUCCGCCGUGAAGUUCCCCCACUCCGCGGCGCUGAUGUGCAGGUUCCUGUCCGCGCUGAUCGAGGGGGGCGGCAGGAUCCAGGGCGAGGAGUUCUGGCGCGCCUUCGCCCCCGCGCUCCGGGAGCGGUCCCGCGAGCUCGGCCCGCACCCCGCCGCCCCGCCGCAGCCGCUGCCGGGCCCGUCUGCGGGCCCCGCGGCCCGGUUCCCGCCCGUCGCCGCACCACAGAGUUGA